AUGGAUGAGGACAUCCUGUGGGCAACAGCUGUGGUUGACAGAAGAGCAGAGCUUGAUAAACGGGAGAAGGGACCAGUAGAACCUGAGGAGUUUUUGAAAGCAGCAGCUCAGGGAAAGCUGGAAGUAAUUGAGAAGUUUCUGGAAGACGGAGGAGAUCCAAACACUUGUGAUGAGUUCAGGAAAACUGCUCUGCAAAGAGCAGCUCUGGAAAAUCAUGCUGAAAUUGUCAAAACAUUACUGAAGAAAGGAGCUGAUAUCAACUUUAAAGACAUGCUGGACUGCAGGGCUGUACACUGGGCUUGCAGAGGUGGAAGUCUUGCAGCACUGAAAGUUCUUCAGGAUAGGGGAGCUGACAUCAACGUCAAAGACAAACUUCGAAGCUCACCUUUACAAGUGGCCACACGGACAGGUCACAGCGACAUUGUUCAACACCUUUAAGUCAGCGGAAUCAACAUUAAUGCCAAAGACUGGGAGGGGGACACAGCUCUACAUGAUGCUGUCAGAUUAAAUCGACAUAAAAUUGUUAAACUCCUCAUACUAGCAGGAGCGGAUAUGCAGAUCAAGAAUGCUGAGGGCAUUACAGCCACUGAACAGGUGAAGCAAUGGCAGUUUGACACAAAAGAGACAUUGGAGAAGCUAGAACAGAUAAGGGAUGUCUGUCUAGUCUGA